UUUUUCCAUUGAGUUUUUCCAUUGAGUUUUUCCAUUGCGUUUUCCAUUGACCUUUUUUCGCUGGGAGGAUGCUGCUCGACCUGCUGUCCAAUGUGGAUGGCUACUACUUUGAUGUCGAGGAGAUGCUCGACCAGCAGCUCGGCGGCGGCACAAUGACCUUCGAGGGCAUGGACAAGUCGGGUGCCGAGAUCUGCAAGCUGUUCCUGCGCGGACAGUGCAAGAAGGGCAACAGCUGCGCCUUCCGCCAUACACGAACAGACAAGAAGGUCGUCUGCAAGCACUGGCUGCGAGGGCUCUGCAAGAAAGGCGAGCACUGCGAGUUUCUCCACGAAUACGACAUGAGCAAGAUGCCAGAAUGCUACUUUUUCCAGAAAUACGGCCAAUGUACCAACACCGAGUGCCAGUACCGACAUAUCGAUCCCGAGACCAAAAAGAAAGAUUGCCCGUGGUAUGCACGCGGAUUUUGCCGACAUGGAGCGCAAUGCAAAUUGCGACAUCGAAAACGAGUGAUUUGCACCAACUAUCUGACCGGGUUUUGCCCAGACGGCCCAACCUGCCAAUUUGCCCAUCCAUCGUGGGACAUCCCUAUGCGUGACAAUGACGAUGGAGGAAUGCCCCACUGAGCCAGUGUUGUUGCCUUGUUAAUGUGUCUAAAUGAAUGAUUUUUUUUGUU